UGAAUAUUUAGAGAAACAUGGGAAGCGAGAUCAUCUGGAACAAACGUUUCACUGUGGUUGGGUUUGUCUUUGGGUGCGAGGACUUUGAUGUACAACAGGGUCUCGGAGUGCUGACGCUGUGGUCUAACAAUCCUCAACUAAGUUGAUUAGUCUACCUCUUGAGUGAAACAGAGGUGCGUGUGUUUGUAGGAGUUGUACGAGUUAAGAGGAGAAAGUUAUUUUGGUUGUUUUCAUUCUUGUCUAAUGAUUGUUUUGCUGUCUACACUUUGAGGAGGAAGAGAGGGGGAGUUCAUAUCAGCAGAAAUAAUUCCAGAGUUAGCAGCAGUCUCUCUCUCCAGCCCUCUGGACUGUGGAUCAGGACUCCUCAUACACGUAUACACCUGUUGGUCAGGAUCCCGGUGAGGCUAAGCGCAGCAGCAGCCACAGUCUGUGGAUCUGUGCCUCUGUUCUGGAUUGGAAGCCUCUGUCUGUGGACGGUACUGUAGAGGCUUGACCGGACCUGCGUCUGUGUCCUGGGUAGAGUGUGGAGAUGUCAUCUAUGUACCCGCGCACCAAGGAGCUGUCCAGGACUAGGAAGUCUCUGUCAGACUCACCACCCUCCUCACCCUCUCCCACGGCCAAGAACUUCAGACAUGACAGGGCAUCAAGGUUGGACUCUGGUGGUGGGGACAGCAAGGCUGAACCCCUGGGCAGAACCAGCUCCUACACACGGAGGGAGACCAGACUGGCAGCAUUGAACAAGCAGGAGGAUGACACCAGCCCCAGGGACUACAAGAAGAUGUAUGAAGACGCCUUGGCAGAGAAUGACAAGCUCAAGUCCCGGCUGGAUGACAGCAAACACGAGCUGACCAAGAUCCGCUCCCAGCUGGACAAAGUCAACCAGAAACAGGACAGAAUAGCUGAAAGAUCCACUGUACUUGAAUCAGAAAAAAGGGCCCAUCCCUUCCCCCGUGUCAUCAAUGGCCAUCCAGCAUACACGGUUAAACGUCUCCUGGGUGUUCGACCACGGGGCAGGGGUUUACAGUACCUGGUUGACUGGGAGGGUUACGGGCCGGAGGAGAGGUGCUGGGUUCCCGCUAGAGACAUCCUGGACCCGGCCCUCAUCGCCGACUUUCACCGCCGGAAUCCCGGUCAGCCAGGAAAAACAGGCUCUGGAGAAGAGGGUAACAGACAUGGAGGAGGAGCUCAAGGAAGCUGCCCCAGUGAGAAAUUUCCGCUGUGGGUACCAGCCCUGAGCCCCAAGCAUGAGGCAGGCUGGCUCAGGGCCAGGGAGGGGGGACGGGACGGUCUUGACAGAGCUCAAAUCAGACAACCAAAGACUGAAGGACGAGAACGGGGCUCUGAUUCGUGUCAUCAGCAAGUUGUCCAAGUAAGAGGGUGGUGCCCCCUGUCAAAGUCAGACACUUCCCUGAUGCUUGCAACGUGUCACUAUCAUUAGCAUUCGGUACCCUCCCACCCUGACACUGAACCAUGGUGAUUAGUGACACCUACCUGCUAGCUGUUCUCAGAGGCAUGGUGAGGAACCUUCCAAAUCCGGAUGACCCCUGCCUCGACCCUUGACCUCUAUGCUCUUAGGCCCACUUCAUACCAGUAGGUCAAAGGUGCGAAGAGCACAUAGCGUCCGCACAAAGAGAGUGUUGGUCUGGGGUACAGUAAACUGCGAAGCUCCAGACCAGCAAUCUAAACAAUAUCACAUCCACAUAUUUUACCUGUACAUCACAAACAUACUGUAUUUAUUUUGUGCUUCAUUGUGCAUUGCAAAAACAACUUUAUUUUUCUCAAACUACUGAAAAAGCACUCAUAGGAAUUACUUUCAAUAAUCUUUCAUUGCAGUGAUAACAUUACACAUUGCCAUGAAUGUUUCUGAUGUGAUUCAUCUUUAUGGUUUGUAGUUCAAUUUCCAUCACAGACCCUUUUCUCUGAGCUGCUCAUUAGUGUGGUCCACUAUAGUCUCUGAGAUGUCAUACUUGUCACAUUUGUUAGAUAUUUUAAUAAUUUAUUUAUGCAUUUUUUGGUUUAAAAUCUUUGAACUUAUACUCAACUAUAUUUGUACCAAUAUAGUAUUAAUAUGUAUCCUAUGAAACCGUACUGUUGGAGCCCACACAGUAACUUAUGUUGCAAGAUGGACAGCCUCUUUUCUUUUCUUUCAAGCGAAACAUGUACAUGAUUUGUAAUGCAGAUGGCACAGGGAACAACAUACAAGGGCCUUUAUGUGCCUUUCCUUAAAGACCAAUACAGCUAUCAGUCUAAUGAACUGUACGUAUAUUUAAAGACAGUAUUUAUGUUGACAUAACUUUACCAUGUAUGUAUAUGUUAUAUGAGACCGGAAUACUGACAUUCUACUUGUACACACAGCUGUGGUUUGAUCACUUGCUUAAUAAACUAUAGAUGGUUAAAUAUAUAA